AAGACAUCCUCCAUCUUUUUCUCUCUCUCUCUCUCUCUCUCUCUCUCCCCUUUACCUUCUCCGACGACCUAGGGUUUCCUCUCCGAUUAUAUCAGGGCUCCAACAAUUCCCCAUUCCCGAUCCCACCAAGCUCCCUCCUUGCCCCCGAAUCCUAGCUCCUCUACCCUAACCCUACCUGGAUCCAGCUCCUCGAGCGCGAAUUUAGGAUCCCCGAUUCUAGGGUUGCUAGCCCCUGAUUUGAGGGGCUAUAAGGGAAGGGGAAGAGAUCUAGGGUUCCGGCGACCAUGUCCGUCCCGGCGAUCGCCCUCUACGCGAGCCCCCCCGGGGCCGUGUGCUCCGCCGCGCCCCACCACUCCUCCCAGAUCGCCGCCUCCCAUGGCGCCUCCGACCUCGACCUCCUCUCCCGCCCCGCGUCCUCCGCCGCCGCAUCGUCGCCGUCGUCCUCAGCCGCCGCCCAGAAGCCCGGCGCCGGCGGCCUCUCGUGCCUCUUCUCCUCCACUUCCGCCGCCGCCCCCGCAGCGCGCCAUGGCCCCCCCUCGAGCUUCGGCGCCGGCUGCGGCGACGAGAGAUCGGAUGAACUCGGGUGCUCCUACCCGUACUCCUCGCACGCGCCCUCGUCGUCGUUCAAGUGCCGCGACCAUAGCCCCGUGUCGGUGUUCCAGGGCCCGGUGUCGUGCGGCGGGAGCGGAGCUUCGAGAAGCCCGGCGGUGUCGAGGCCGCCGCGGGAUUGGUUGGGAAGCGAUUGGAGGGUCGGAAGAGAUCGGCUCUUUAGCGGGUUUGUGAUGAACGCAUUGGGUUCUUGCUUAGAUUAUGUACCACCUAGUUUUCCGAUUCAGGGGGAUAUCGCAACCGAUGUCGGAGAUCUCUCAUUUGAGUUGGAUGAGAGCUUGGUUGAGAUAGAACCGAUAUGUGAGCCGUAUGCAAAGGAAUUGCUCAUCGGGGCUCAAUCGCGGCACAAGAUUUUCUACGAGGAGCUCGUUGUGAAGGCCUUUUAUGAAGCCGAGAAGGCUCAUAGAGGGCAGACGAGGGCGAGCGGAGAUCCCUACUUGCAGCAUUGUGUGGAGACGGCAGUUCUAUUAGCGAAGGUCGGUGCUAACGCCACCGUAGUUUCUGCCGGGCUUUUACACGACACAAUCGAUGAUUCUUUCAUGGAUUAUGAUUACAUUUUCAAAAUGUUUGGAGCUGGUGUGGCUGAUCUUGUUGAGGGGGUCUCAAAGUUAAGCCAUUUAAGCAAGCUUGCUCGUGACAAUAAUACUGCAAGCAACACCCUCGAGGCUGACCGAUUACACACAAUGUUUCUUGCAAUGGCUGAUGCAAGAGCUGUUCUCAUCAAGCUAGCAGACCGACUGCAUAACAUGAUGACUUUAGAGGCAUUACCGAUGGUCAAACAGCAGAGAUUUGCAAAGGAGACUCUGGAAAUUUUUGUGCCUUUGGCCAGUAGAUUAGGAAUCUCUAGCUGGAAGGAGCAGCUGGAGAAUAUUUGCUUCAAACAUCUUUACCCGGAGGAGCACAAAGAUUUAUCAUCGAAACUCCUCAAGUCCUUUGACGAAGCACUUAUUACAUCUGCUGUAGAGAAACUAGAAAAGAGUCUCAAGCAUGAAGGCGUACCUUACCAUGUUAUAUCUGGGAGGCACAAGAGCUUGUACAGUAUCUACUUGAAGAUGCUAAAGAAGAAUCUAACCAUGGAUGAGAUCCACGACAUCCAUGGACUACGGCUGGUAGUUGAGAAUGAAGAAGACUGUUAUAAAGCACUUGAUAUUGUUCAUGGACUAUGGACUAAGGUUGUUGGGAGAUUUAAGGACUACAUCGAUCAUCCCAAGUCAAAUGGGUACCAAUCUCUACACACUGUUGUUCUGGGGGAAGAUAUGCUUCCGUUUGAAGUUCAGAUCCGAACCAGGGAGAUGCAUCUGCAGGCCGAAUAUGGAUUUGCUGCGCAUUGGAGGUAUAAAGAAGGUAGUUGCAAGCACUCCUUUGUGCUACAAAUGGUGGAGUGGGCGCGAUGGGUCGUUAGCUGGCAGUGUGAGACGAUGAGCAAAGAACGGGUCUCGUCUUUUGGUGACUCCAGUGUGAUCAGGCCACCGUGCCCAUUUCCUUCUCAUUCUGAGGGCUGCCCUUAUUCGUACACGCGUCGAUGCAACCAUGAUGGACCUGUUUUCAUCAUCAUGAUGGAAAAUGAGAAGAUGUCCGUUCAGGAGUUCCCCACAAACUCGACCGUGAUGGAUCUCUUGGAAAGGGUCGGGAGUACAAGAUGGACUCCUCACAGCUUUCCUUUGAAAGAGGAGCUGAGGCCGAGGCUGAACCACGAGCCGGUGAGUGACCCCAAGCAGAAACUGUGUAUGGGGGACGUGAUCGAGCUCACGCCGGCCCUUCCCCACAAGUCGUUGACCGAGUAUAGGGAGGAAAUCCAGAGGAUGUAUGAGGGGGGGCUCACCGUUUCAAGCCGAGGUGGCUGGAAAAGCUGACAAAUUCGUGCCUACGUCGAUGAUUCGACCUCUGUUGUACUUUACCCAUUGAUUUGUUGUAGCCGAGGUGGCCGGAAAAGCUGACAAAUUCGUGCCUACGUCGAUGAUUCGACCUCUGUUGUACUUUACCCAUUGAUUUGUUGUAUAUAUAAAUAUAUAUAUAUAUGUAUGUAUGUAUGAACUGUUUGUAUAGUAAAACCCUCGAAUUGUCGAAUCUUGAUGGUAAACCAAUCCAAGUAUUUGCUCUUUCUGGCUUUUACUUA